GAAGUAUUGUUAUGUUGAUACUCGGCGCAAUCCAACGGCCAAACCUUUAAAACAAUGACACCAAACGCGUAGAUAAUAAGGCACGUGUCUCAUAUAUUCUUUCCCUUACUUUUAUCUGCCUUUCCUUUCUCAAAUUCUCAGUAUAUAAACUCACACAACUUGACAAACACAGAUAAAGGAAUUCUUGCAUUUUUCUAAGUUAAACGCCAACAGAAUUAUAAUCCCAGAAUUUUAGAAUAAACUAGAAGCUUCAUCUAACAAUUUCAAAGAGAGGAGAGAGAAAAUCAAAUGUCGCCAUCAAUUGUAGAGUGUGCAUCUGAUGAAGUUGAUCAUCGACAACAACGUGAAGAGAGAUAUAAUCAAUGGCUGAAUUCCUUUGUUGGUGAUGAUGAUCGGACGGCUACUGAGUUGUCUCAGUUUAUGUUCAUUCCUGAUCAUCAUACUUUUUUCAGUGCUGCCGUUCAGCUUAAAAACCAGGUUGUGGACGUGACGUGGAAGGACAAGGGGGGAGUGGAGAGCCAGGAAUUAGAUCCCACGGUAUACACGGGGUUGAUGGGGACAGCCUUCACUUGCUUCCGCUCAUUCCAGGCCACCGGUUCUCAACAAGACUUGCUUUUAUGUGCUGAUAUUGUGAGGGCGUGUGCCUCCAUCGCUCAUUCUUCAAGACUUGUAACAUUUUUGAGUGGUAGAGGAGGAAUUUAUGCACUUGGUGCUGUCAUCAUGAACUAUGUGGGGGACCAUCAAAGCCGUGGCCAUUUUCUUGACAUGUUUAUUGAGGUAGCACAAGAAAAAGCACUUCCGGUUGGACCUGAAGAAGGGGGUUUUGGAAUGUCAUAUGACCUUCUGUGUGGAAGAGCAGGAUUUUUGUGGGCAGCUUUGUUCAUAAAAAUGCACCUUGGUGAAGAAGCAUUGCCAAAUGAUCUGCUGAUGCCUGUUGUUGCAGCUAUUUUAGCAGGGGGUAGAGCAGGAGCCUCUGAUAAUCCGUUGUGUCCUUUGAUGUACAGAUGGCACGGGACGAGAUAUUUCGGUGCCGCUCAUGGCCUUGCAGGGAUUUUGCAUGUUUUGCUUCACUUCCCUCUCUCAGGAGAUGAUGCCGAGGAUGUCAAGAAGACGCUGAGGUACAUAAUGAGUAAAAGAUUCCCAAUGAGUGGAAACUACCCAUCAAGUGAUGGGAACCCUAGGGAUAACUUGGUCCAGUGGUCUCAUGGUGCAACCAGCAUGGUUAUCACUUUGUGCAAGGCCUCACAGGUUUUCCCCAAUGAAAGAGAAUUCCGUGAUGGAGCCAUAGAAGCAGGGGAAGUGGUCUGGAAGAGCGGUCUUGUGAAGAAGGUGGGACUUGAUGAUGGGGUGGCUGGAAAUGCAUAUGCUUUCCUCUCCCUCUAUAAGUUGACAGGAGAAGCCAUAUAUGCAGAGCGAGCAAAGGCGUUUGGAAGCUUCUUGUAUCACAAAGGAAGUCAGCUGGUAAAUGCAAUGAACUCUGGUGGGACGGAUCAUGCUUAUUCUCUUUUCCUAGGACUUGCAGGAGCUGCGUGUUUCUUCUUUGAUCUUCUUCAUCCGGAAAAAUCAAAGUUCCCAGGCUAUGAACUUUGAAACUGUAAGAUAUGCUUUUAGUAGUAGAAUAUAAGUGUUGUAUUUGAGUAUUAGCACCUGAGUAAAGCCGUGCACUGCUCUGAAUUCGUCCGAAAACAAAGACAAGACAUAAUAGGGAAGUAUGAGUACCUGUGUAUGUUGGUUUAGUAUUUCAAGGAAUAUUCGAACCUCAGUUUCGCCUAAAGUUCUUAAUAGGAAAGGAUUCGAAUGGGUAAGAGAUGUUAUAAUACUCCAUAUUCCGGGAAAGAGGUGAAUUUUCUUUCUGUAAUGUGAUUAUAUGUACAAAAAUAUGGUGAUCAUAGCUCAUAAUUUUUAGGAGGUGC